AUGCCUUUUGAAUUUCGAGCGCUGUUUCUCGGGAUUGUCACUAUGAUUGUAGUCUUUGUGAUUAUUGUUGACAUUUCUGAAGUGGAAGACGCUAUCGCCAACAUUGGAGACUCCCAGAAGCACUACUCCCACAGCUCCAAACCCAGCAGAAGUGCAGCAUUGGGACAAAGCCUCCGUACCACACCACACUCCAAAACAGAGAAGCGUUUGUCUGAACCGCACUCCAAAACAGAGAAGAGUUCACCUGCACCACACUCCAAAACAGAGAAGAGUUCACCUGCACCACAAUCCAAAACAGAGAAGAGUUCACCGGUGUUGCACCCCAAACCAGACACCAGUUCCUCCACUCAGUCCACCGGGAACCAAAGCACUCCUGCAUUGCCCCCAGCAUGGGCCUUCAACAGAACACUCUCCACUCUGAUCAGGAAGAACAUCCUAAAGUUUCUGGACCCCGAGCGAGACAUCUCCAUCCUGAAGGGCAACCUGAAGCCGGGCGAUGUCAUCCACUACGUGUUUGACCGCCAGAGCACGGUGAACAUCUCGGAGGACCUGUACCGGCUGCUGCCCACCGCCUCGCCCAUGAAGAACCAGCACCACCACACCUGCGCCAUCGUGGGCAACUCCGGCAUCCUGCUCAACAGCAGCUGCGGACCCGAGAUAGACUCGCAUGACUUCGUGAUACGGUGUAACCUGGCGCCGGUGGAGGAGUUUGUGGAAGACGUGGGCCGACGCACCAACCUGGUGACCAUGAACCCGUCGGUGGUGCAACGCGCCUUCCAGGACCUGUCCAGCGAGCAGUGGCGGCGGCGCUUCGUGCGGCGCCUGCAGGAUCUGAGCGGCAGCGUGCUGUGGAUCCCGGCCUUCAUGGCCAAGGGAGGAGAGCAGAGGGUGGACUGGGUCGUCAAGCUACUCAACACACACACCGUUGACGUACGCACCGCCUUCCCCUCGCUCAGGUUGCUACACGCCGUCAGAGGCUACUGGCUGACCAAUGGCGUGCAGAUCAAGCGUCCCACCACGGGCCUGCUGAUGUACACCAUGGCGACGCGCUUCUGUGAGGAGAUCCACCUGUACGGCUUCUGGCCGUUCCACCACGACCAGCGCGGCCGGCAGGUGAAGUACCACUACUAUGACGCCCUCACCUACCAGUUCACCUCCCAGGCCAGCCCACACACCAUGCCCCUGGAGUUCAGGACACUCAGCUCUCUACACAGACAGGGGGCGCUAAAGCUACACACGGGGACCUGCACUAGCCCAGCAGCCUGA